UAUUUAAUUGUCAAUACUUUAUAUUUUAAAAGAAAAAAAAUUGAGUAUCAAUUUGAUAUCCCUGGACUUGAGUUUGAUUCCUAUAUAAAGUCGUUGGAUCAAUUAAAUUUAGGUGAACCGCGUUUAUUGGAGGUUGAUAACCGUUGUGUUGUUCCCUGUGAUACUAAUAUUCGUUUUUGUAUUACUUCGGCAGAUGUUAUUCAUUCCUGGGCUUUGCCUUCGUUGUCGGUUAAGUUAGAUGCUAUAAGGGGUAUUUUAAGAACUUUAUGUUAUAGAUUUCCUGUAAUUGGGGUUUUUUAUGGUCAAUGUUCGGAAAUUUGUGGUGCAAAUCACAGGUUUAUACCAAUUGCUGUGGAAGUUACGUUAAUAGAUAAUUUU